GUGGAAGAACAAUUCUCCAUUGGAGACAGUCCUCUCAACGCCGAAUCUACUUUGUACUUCAAGCCCGGCCAAAAUACCAUUACGCUGGCAUUGCUCGUGGAGUUUCUGGUCACGAAGCCUUCCUCGCCUCAGCUUUUCUGAUAACCCCACUUCGUCUAACGGCAAACCGUGGCGUUCGUUUCCGCCGUCCUCUAUUGAGCAGCCGAGAGCACAGUAUUAUUGCUGGCACCAGACCCCGGACAGUGUGGACAAUGCCACCACAGCCUCCGGAGGACGCCGUCCGUCGGGCAUUCUCGUCUGCUCAGGAUUCGCAGGAUUCAUCGGGGCCACCAUCGUACAUUGAGCCUUCGACGGAAGACAGUGACGAGGGCAACUACUGGAGUGAUGCGCAGAGCGAUCUGACCUCGCUCGCAUCCGGGGUCACUAACUACGUCUACGAAAAUGGAAGACGGUACCAUUCUUACCGCGAGGGUAAAUAUGUACUACCAAAUGAUGAAGAGGAAAAAGAUCGUCUAGAUUUGGUACACCAUGUGUUCACCCUCAUACUUCGGGGCAGAUACCACCUGGCCCCACUAGUCAAUCCGCAGAAUAUCCUGGAUCUGGGGACCGGGACAGGAAUCUGGGCCCUGGAUAUGGCGGAUCUAUACCCUUCUGCAACUGUGAUCGGAAAUGAUCUGAGUCCGAUUCAGCCUGCCUUUGUUGCACCUAACGCGCAAUUCGUCAUUGAGGAUUUCGAGGAGGAUUGGGAGUAUCCAGAAAAUAAAUUUGACAUGAUCCAUGGGCGAACUCUGGCCGGGUCCGUGAAGGAUUGGCCAGAGCUAUUCGCCAAGGCCUACAGGCACCUGAGACCCGGUGGGUACUUGGAGAUGCAGGAAGCUCCCAUCUGGUGCUGGAGUGAUGAUGGCAGCUUGGAGCCCGAUUCUGCCCUUGUCCAAUUCUUGUCGAUUCUCGAACAAGAGAGCUCCAAAGCCAACCGGUCUCUGAACAUUGUAGACAAGUUGAAGCCAGCGAUGAUCGACGCUGGUUUUCGAGACGUACAGGUCAGAGUCUAUAAGUGUCCUUGGGGUCCCUGGCCUAAAGACCCUCAUCUGAAGGAAAUCGGCCGCUACCAGUACAUCAAUGCUAUUGAAUCCGUCGACUCUUACGGUCUCGCGCUUAUGACUCGCGGCGUUGGUUACACAGAAGAUCAGGCGAAGAUCUUCUUGGCGAUUGUGAAGAACCAGCUCCGAACCAAGUCUCUGCACGCAUACAAUCUGAUAUAUUUCGUCUACGGCAGGAAGCCGACCGAAGAAGAACUUUGAACGGGAUUGUCUUGAAUGAUUAUUCUAUCCCAUGACUGCAUUCUC